AUGCGCUACGUGCACGACGAGAUUGGCCUUCUUCCAGGAAGUCAACUGCCGACUGAUGCUUGCAUGAUGUUGACUCUGGUGGAGGCUUGGAAGUCUAUUGGUGGAUCAGAGCGUGCUUACGAGGACGAAAGCAUGGAAAUAAUAGGGCACACCGUUAAGCAUACUUGUUGGCAAUAUGCAGGACUUGUGGUCAUACCAGCCGGUAGGAUUAUACAAGGCAAGGAAGCUUGCCGCCGCAUCGGGGUAUUCCUGUUUUCAGAUCAAGUUAAGGGUGCGUGGACCUUCUUGACCCCGUUCGAUAUAGGUUUAUCGGCGGAAGAGGACACCACGCUGGUGGAACAGUCCUCAGCAGUAGCAUACUCCUGCGAUGCUUCGGAUACUCCCACAGCCUCGACGAUCGAGGAGACCAAGAUGUACGGCUCAUACUUCGAUCCGAGGGACAUUCCAGCCGCUCAGUUCAGUGUCAAACUUAUAAUCACACUCCUGGCCGAGCCCAAGGCGGACGAGCUCUGCGCUUCGAGAUUCCACUCUGAAUGA